CGAAAUCAACUUUUCAUACAUCACAUGUUCACUAACAACAAUUUCAUCGCUCUUAGAACCGUCGUACUUUAUAUCGUUAAUUCAAAUGUCGAAAUGAUGUAAUAACAUUGAAAUAUUCAUUGUAAUUACCUCAGUUUUUUUUAUGUAGAAACUGAUUUUAUUUAAAAGAUGAAAUAACAAACUAUUUACUUUAUAACGUGGGAUAAUAUUUCAUUUUUAUCAUAAUUAGUUAGGAUAAUUGCUACAUUAAUAUUAUUUACGCAGUUAUAUCUCUUAAAACAAGUAAAUUAGUUUAAUAAUAAUAUGAAUCUUCAUGAUGUAUAUAUCACAAAUUGAAAGGUCAUAAGUCUAGAAAAUUUUGAAAAAACAUGGACAUUUAAUAAAUACCACUAAACAUGUAGUUAUAUACGUAAUUUUGACUAAAAUCAACCCACACAAAAGAAAGAGAAACCAUUUGGGCCAGAGACCGAAGCAUCUCUAUAGUUGCGCAAUAGGGUUGGGUAGCAUUGUUGCAGCAAUGGAGUGUUGGGUUCCAUUGUUUCAGAUAUUCUUGAACUCCCCUUGUCCAGAAACCGAAGCAUCUCCAUGGUUACAACAGUCUUUCAACCAACCUGGUCCCACCGCCAUUUCAACAACCUCCUUCCUUUCCCUCCUCACCAGACCAACCGAGAUCGAUUCUUGUUCUUCCUCAUCUUCUCCAUUUCCCACUAAGCGGGUUAUGUGGAUACAGACUCUACCGAAUGCUGUUCAAGCUCGCAUUUUGUCAUUUCUUAUUUAUGAUCGCCGGUGAUUUUGUGAAACAGACUUGUGUCAGCUUGCGGAAACUAUGUUGAAGGAAGAGCUUGAUUUUUGGGUAAAGCGGGCUGCACAUCAGCUGCUUGACGUCCUGUCUAGGUCAAACCAUGAAUGGUUGUCUUGCUUUAAUUUGGAUUCUGAAGAAGAACAAUUGGAGGAUGAAUUUAGGUCAUUACCAGAUUGGCUUAAGGAUGACAUCAUAGAAACUGAUCUGAUGCUUCCCUGGCUGCCUAUAUCACAGAAACAGUUCAACUUUUCAAUGCAAUUCAGUAGUUGUAGUGAAAAUGAUGAUCCUAUGACUAAAUUUGAAGAGGGUAAACAAGAAAUUCUGGAUGGAGUCAUUGAGGAGGUAGAUGAAGUGGUCAUUAAGGAGGUAGAUGAAUACUUGGAACCUCAAGUUGAGGAAACGGCUGGGGGCUUGAAAGUGAGGUAGUUGUCUCUUCAGUCUACUGCUGAGGCUGUGAAAUUUGCUGGGGACAUUCGGCAGCUUUGUAAAGGAGGAGGUCAGUCUUUGGUUAUUUUGGGUAUCAUUGAACCUUGGAGAGCUGAUGAUGAGCCAGCUGCAGUUUUAGUGUCCAAUCUUCUAGACGGGAAUGAAGACGAACUUGGUUGGCCCAGUCACGUUCUUUGCUCUGUUAUUCUUCCCAAGUUGUUGGUUUUGAAAGAACCAGCUUCUCGUGUAUUACUAACGGCCAUAGUAGACUACUCUAAGGUUCAUCAGAAAGCAGCUGAGUAUGCGCUGCUAUUGCCGCUGAUGCUUAGAAUGGAAGGCAUAAAUAGCCCUAUUUGUGAUGUAAUAACAAGGAUAGUUAGGGAAUCUUUGCACCCAGGCCAUGUUUCUGCCUUCUGUCAGAAACUUCUCAGUGACGAAGCCGAUUUGAAGAAAUUCAUAUGCCUUCCCUUUCAUCAAUGCUUAAUUGGCAGUAAAUUAGUAUGGACAGAAUCAUUAUUCAAUUUGAUGCAAAAUAUCCUAAAUCAUAACAUUCAUUUUACUCAAGACUCAGUUGAUAGACUAGUUCAGCAUGCUUGGGUAUGUGCUGACAGGUUUUCAAAGUCUUUGAAAUUUGGGAAAUUUUUACUAUGUUUUGUCACCAAAUGUUCUCCUAUGUUGAAGUCCCAUAAGUGCGUACUCACAGAAGCCACUCAGCAUACUAAUACUCUGGUGACCAAAUCUGUGUUGACAAAAUUGUCUAGUUUGUAAGUGGCUCUAUACCUUGUUAAACAAAGAGCUACUUAAAUACGUUAUUUCUCUUUAACUCGAACCAUCUUUUUGACCUACUUUCUUAUUAUGUAAGCCCGUUUGGUAGGGAAUUAAGCUGGUAGUUUAUACAGAUGAUGUUCUUAAUAGUUUUUACUAAAUCAGAAUGUUGUUUUGUGAAUA